AUGCCCAGACUAGGUUUUUCAAGCUUGGCCCAUAAGUUACAUGAGGAAACGCACCAUCAUGGGAAUAAGGGUAACAAGAACACAAGCGUCAAUGGCAACGUCAACCACUCCGGGACCCAUGAAUCUCGAUCCCCGUCAUCGUUGUCCCUGUCAUUAGGAGCUUCUUCUCCUCGUCAUCGUCCAUUGGAUCCAGUGGUGCAUUCGCAGGAUACCGUCAAUGCGGGCGGUAUCAAUAUCAACCAGAAUACCCAAUAUAAUCAUCCUAGUGCCACUACUAGUGCAAUUGCAUCCCCUUCAUCUCCCUUGGCAAUUUCCACCUUGAACAACAGUUUAAACAAUAAUCAGAAUCAUCAUCUCAACAGUACCCCAAUGAAUCACUCACAUUCCUCUUCAAAGAGAUCGUUUUUCGGCUUGAGUAUACGGAGGUCCCAUUCAAAUGAGUCACAAUCAUCAAUUAUGUCCGAUGACAAUUAUCAUGGCCAUGGUCAUGGCCAUGGUAGCUUGGCAUCGCCUCAACAUUCCCACGGUGGUAAGAAUGGGUCAAUGGUACAAUUGAAGAAGUUCUUUAGGCCUGCAAGAAGAACAAAUGAUUCACAUUUGAAUUUAACAAGUUUAAACCCCCCAAACUCUAGCUCCUAUUUAAGGAAACCCCAAAAUGUAAGGAGAAAUAGUUCAAACCCUAGUUUAUCAACCAUGAAUAAGGCAGAACAACAAAAAUUUUCCACUCAGCCCUCGACUCCUACUUUCACCCAUGAUGCAAAUAACAAUAUGAUUGUGAAAACCGAUCAGAAAUUUUGGGAUGAUUUGGAAGGAUCAGUAACGAAAAAAUAUGGGAAAUUGGGUAAAGUUUUAGGUUCUGGAGCUGGAGGGUCGGUUCGAUUGAUUGUGAGGGAGAGUGAUGGUGUUACAUUUGCCGUUAAGGAAUUCGUUGCAAGAAGACCAAAUGAAUCGGUUAAGGAUUACGCCAAGAAAUGUACCGCCGAGUUUUGUAUUGGUUCAACAUUACAUCAUCCUAAUAUUAUUCAAACUUUAGAUAUAAUCAAUGAAAAUAAUCAUUUCUUUGAAGUUAUGGAAUAUGCACCUAUUGAUUUCUUUGCAGUUGUCAUGUCUGGUCAAAUGACUAGAUCCGAAAUUAACUGCUGCUUUAAACAAAUCACAUUAGGUGUCAGUUAUUUACACUCGGUUGGUUUGGCACAUCGAGAUUUGAAAUUGGAUAAUUGUGUCGUUACCAAAGAUGGAAUUGUCAAACUUAUUGACUUUGGCUCUGCCGUUGUUUUCAAGUAUCCAUUUGAAGAUGACAUUGUGAUGGCCCAUGGAAUUGUUGGUUCCGACCCAUAUCUAGCUCCUGAAGUUUUGACAAGCACCUCCAAUUAUGAUCCUCGGUUUGUGGAUAUAUGGUCAAUUGCCAUUAUAUAUUGCUGUAUGACGUUGAGAAGGUUCCCCUGGAAGGCCCCUAAACAAGAAGAUCCUAGUUUCAACCUCUAUUGUAUGGAGGAUGACCAACCCCAUGAUUAUGUCGAAAGUGCAAGGAAACAUAAAGAACUGCUACUUGAAAGACGCAAGAAGAUUGAAAAAAUGAAGCAAGAACAACUACAGAGUAAGGCCAAUGAAGGUGAAGUACAUGAAGGAAAAGACCAACAUAAGGAGGAUUCCAAUGUUAAGGCUCUUACAGAAAAAGUUGAAAAUAUCAAGAUUGAUGAAGAGGCACAAUCUGAAAAACAGAUGCAGUAUGAGAAUCCUCAGCAGACCCAACAGCCUGAAACUACUAAACAGCAACCACAACCUGAAUCUUCCCAACAAAUACAGAAACCCGAAACUACUCCACAGCAACAAGAUCAAGAUGAACAACCGCAACAACAACCGCAACAACAACCGCAACAACAACCGCAACAACAACCGCAACAACAACCGCAACAACCAGGCCAAGAACACGAAAAGCAGCAUCACCAUCAUCAUCAUGAAGGUACUUCAGAUACCCCCGAACGACGUGCACUUACGAAAACUAGCAAACAGAUCCAUGGACCUUAUAGACUUAUGAGAUUACUGCCGCAUGCAUCACGUCCAAUUAUUUCACGAAUGUUAUCAGUUGAUGUUAGUAAACGUGCAACAAUGCAGGAUAUCUUGAAUGACGAAUGGUUCAGCGAUAUCAAGUACUGCACAAUUGAUAAAGAUGGGCAUACAGUUAACGAUCCAGGUCAUCAUCAUACAAUUGUUUGA